UUAGAAUUAAGCCUUUUAGACCUUCAUUCCUAUAUGCCCUGCUGUGUGCUCUAACUUGUAACAUUUUCCCUCCUCUUAAACUUAUUAGAUUUGUCUGUUAGUCACCUAUUCGUGAUUAUUCGUUCGUUUUGUUGCCUAUCUAUCCUUGUUGAUUAAUCAAGUAUUGACGGCCGCAUCCCCUCAGCUGCCGACCGACAUGAACCUAAUGGCAGCCCUUCCUCAAUGCCUGGCCGCCUUACCCCCUCAUGAUGCCUUUAUUUGCUUCUUUCCACACAUCCCUUCACCUUCAUUCCUCGCUCAACUCACACCACUUCUGCUUCACCUGCCCCUCCCUCGUCCGUCUGAGCGCCGUUUUAUGAGCAUAGGUCCUCUAGGUAGCUGCACUAUAUUCAUUCUAGGGCAUCGGGAAGAAGCAGAAGACCAGACCAGAUUCACCUUCCAAAUUGGUGACUGUAAUGUUUGAGAGUUUGCAUAAGUCUGCACGAUGCCCACACAGGCGGGCGUGCCACUGCAGACAGAGCGCUUGUCUUCUCUGGCUGAACCAAUGUCCGCUGCCGCUCAUUUCCCAUCUUUCAAUCUACAGUCUCGGUUAUCUUUGAUUUACGAGUGGUAACUGAAGGCGGUCAGUGACAGUGGGAAAGUAAUAGUGGCGGCGAUGGGCUUGUUCUUGAGGUGGAUGAAGGUGUUGCGACUGUCGCGUCUUUUGACAAGGCGAUGGAUGCAUCAUCAGGUGGUUAUUGAUUCCUGCUCGUCUCCCGAGACUGCAUGCGUGCAGUAUCAUAUAGCAAUCACCGUAGGUACCUACGUACCUGUUUUACUGUACGGAGUAAGUGCAGGUUAAAGCAGGGAAGUAAAGUGGGGCCGAUGUUGACCAAGUACGUCACUCACUG